CAUGAUGAGAGAAGUAAAUCUCGAGAAAGGAAGCACAAAGAAGAACAAAAUCUCUGCAAAUGGUUUCAACAACGAUGACGGCAGAAGAAGAAAAAAAAUUAUUAGGUUUACACCACCCGUAAAAGUACCGAAGAAAUAAAUAACAGAGAAAAAGAGUAGAGGAAAUAAAGCGACUUGCCAUGGAAGCUCUUAUUGCUUCCACUUCUUUCUUCCUCCCAAUCUCCAACUCUUCCUCACAAAUCCGAUUCUUCCAUUCAUCUUCUUCUCCCAACUUAAAGUUCGGGACUUUUUGGAAAACUUUGUCAUCAUCAUCACAACUCGUCGUCUCAUCCUCUUCUGCAAUUUCCGCACCUCCUUCUUCUACUGCUCCUACUCAAAACACAUAUUGGAUGGUGUUAUUGGACAAACCUCCACAAUGGGUUUCUUCCAAAUCCGAUAUCGUUGAUUAUUAUGUCGAGAUUCUUGCCAAAGUGUUGGGCAAUGAAAAAGAUGCGCAGAUGAGUAUAUAUGAUGCUUCCUUUGAUACCCAUUUCGGGUUUUGUUGUCAUAUCGACGAAGAUGCUUCACGCCAGCUCGUGAGUUUACCUGGAGUAUUAUCUGUUAGACCUGAAGCAGGUUAUAGUUCAGAGAAGAGGAAUUAUGGUAUUGGGAAUCAGAAAGUUGUUUCCUUGUUUGAUCAUGGGACAGUGAAACAUUGGAUGGUACGAAUAGAUAAGCCAGGAGUUGGGAUUGUUACUAAAGCGCAGAUGGUUGAUCAUUGUGUUCAGUUGCUAUCCAAGGUUUUGUGGAAUGAAAAGGAUGCACAGAUGUGUCUUUAUCAUGUUUCCUGGCAGUCUGAUUUCGGAUUUUGUUGUGAUCUCGAUGAGAAUAGUGCUGUGGAGUUAGCUGGUUUUUUGAUUGAUGCAGGUGUACCUGCUGUUCUUGCAGUUGUUCCUGAUAACAGUUUCGAGUCACUAAACAAAGACUAUGAAGGCGAUAGUACACAAGAUUCAGGAGAUCAAGAUGAUUCAGAGUCUCCUCCCAUUAAGACGAAGAAAUUGUUUAUAACUGGACUGUCGUUUUACACAUCUGAGAAGACAUUACGUGCAGCAUUUGAAGGGUUUGGUGAACUAGUGGAAGUCAAAAUAAUUAUGGACAAGAUAUCAAAGAGAUCAAAAGGCUAUGCCUUUCUAGAGUACACGACAGAGGAAGCUGCAAGCGCUGCACUGAAAGAGAUGAAUGGAAAGAUUAUUAACGGGUGGAUGAUAGUAGUAGAUGUAGCCAAGACCAAACCAUUCAGGCAAAACAGAAGUCAACCGAGUUCCAGGUUCUAGAAACCAGCCUUAGGUGAUACGAGCAUGGGGAUUGGAGAUGCUUCAGGCCAAGAAAGAAAAGGCAUGCAGUGUCAUGUAUCACACUAGAUCGAGGGUUUAAGAGGGUGAAGAGUGCCCAGCUAUUCAAGAUAGAAGUUUAGCCUCUAUCCACAUUUUGGCUGUAGGAUUCGCACAUUCACUCAUCUUUUGUAGUUGCCAAAAUUAUCAGAAUUGGCAUUAUUCUAGCCAUUUAGGAACUUGAAAUACACAAAAAUUGCUUCUUCUAUAAAUAGUGCGAAGAACAACAUUUGCUUAAAACAAUUGUGAUAUAUAUCUUGUGAGUUAUUAUCUUUGGUAAGAACUUGAAACAUUCUUUGUGUU